AUGGUUAUAUCAAUUAAAGAUUAUACUUGGCGACAAACCGAUCAUAAUAUAAUUAUUCGAAUUCCUAUAAAAAAGGGCAUUACAAAUUCUAAAAUUGAUAUAUUUACAUCGGAGAAAUAUAUUAAAGCCUUUUUUAAUCCAUUCAUUUUUGAAGUAUUUUUAUUACAUUCUAUAAAUGAAUCGGCGAGUUCGUGUACGUUUACAGACGAUGAAAUUAUUUUUGAAUUGGAAAAAUUGGAAGAACAAACAUGGGAAACUUUAGAAAAUACGAAUAUUAAUAAAGAAGGAAAAAUGUUGAUUAAACAACAGGUUAUCGAAGAAACCCAAAAGCUGUUACAAUCAAAACAAGAAACCAAAAUUAAAUUAAAAAGUGAAUUGUCUCGUGUGGCUGUUCGAAAACAAAUGGCUUUAGAUUCAGAACGCAUUGAAAAUAUUAAACAAUGCAAGGACACAAUUAAAUCCGCAGUUAUGGCUGAAUUAGAUGAAUGGAAAGAAGAAAAAAAACAAUUAAAUUACGAUGUUUUAAAUGAAGAAGAUGAAGAAGUCAUUCCAAAAAAUUUGAAAGUUUCAAAAAAAGAAAUUUCAAAAAAAUUAGAAAUUCCAAAAAAAUCAGAAGCUCUCCCAGUUCCGACUCUAUUACCACGAAAGACUUCUACAAUUGAUAUAACAUUCUCAGAACGAGUAUUUCCUACACCAAAACGUGAAUCACAAGAUGCGGAAGAGCAAGAAUGGCUACGAAAACAAACAGAGGCAAGAAGAAUUGCUGGUUGGACACCAAGUGAUUUACGACCGGAAGAAAUUGAUCCAAAUUUUCUUAAAACAAAAGGUGAUACAUUCUUUAAGCAAAAAAAUUAUUUGGGUGCAGUGAGUGCAUAUGGAUAUGGAAUAACAUUAAAUCCAAAAUAUGCUGCACUAUAUGUGAAUCGAUCCGCUGCACAUUUUGCACUUGGUAAUUUACAUAAAUGUAUUGAAGAUUGUUCACAAGCGUUGGAGUUAUUAACACCACCAGUAUCUGCAAAUUUGGAAUCAAGAGCGAAAUGUUAUGCAAGACGUGGUGCUGCUUUUUGUAAAUUGGGUCUUGCAUCAAAAGGUGUUAUCGAAUUAGAAGCUGCUGUAAAAUUGAUGCCGAAUAAUGAAAAUUUAAAAAAUGAUUUAGCUAAAGCCCGUGUCGAUGCAGAAAAGGAAAAGCGAGACGAUGGAUCAAAGUAACGAAAAUGCUCACAGACUUUAAUUAAGAAGACCACGAUCAACUUAUAAAAAGUUUCAUUAAUGAAAUACA